AUGGCGGCCCAGGUCCUUGGACAUGGCUUCGACAUGGACAUGACUCGGGGACAGGUCGAGGUCGACUCCGGCAAGAGAGGGGCAUCCACUCCUCCAACCACGGGGAUCAUGCCGAGAGAGCAAGGAAGUCACUCCCCGUCCGUUUCCAAAAGACCCUGCGACCUGACGUCAUGCGCUCUCCGCAAUCCUCUGAAUCAUGACGACGUCACCGACUGCCGUGCGGCCAUAACCCUGGUUAUCGACCAACUGCAGGCCUUCUUAAAGCUCGUCCUUGCUUGCUGGAUUUCGGAGCUUCUCACACCCUGCGCUUGUACUGUUCUCCAUCUUUGA